AGCGAGAGCAUAACUCAGUCGACUGAGAGAGCAGAAGUUCAGAAGUGCAUGGGAUGUCACGGACACCAGGCCGCUCCAGAUUCCACCACUACUCUCGACCAUGAUCAACACUUACCAGACCAGCGUGGCUCCGCCGCCGGUGCCUCCGCGCCUCAACAGGUCCCAAACGGUCCUCAUCCCGGCUCCACUUCCAUCACGGGGCCACAACAGGCCUCUCAUCCGAUUUUUGGUUGCCGUAGUGGUGCUGCAUUUAAUGCUGUCUGUCGGAGGCUUCAUCUAUCUGUACGACGCUGACCAAAAGGAGAAACGUCCCUCAGCCGAAGGAAAAGGCAGAAACCCAAAUGCUGCUUUUCAAUCUUCAGAAAAACAAGAAACGUUCCACAGAGCCAUGGCGGCCAUGGUGGUUGACAAGAGUACAGCAAAGACAUCCACAUCUGGUUAUCUCCAGUGGGACAUGAAGCACUCAGUCUUCAGGAACACCAACUAUUUCCAAGAAAGUUGGCUGACUGUCCUGCAGUCGGGUGACUACUAUGUCUACUCCAGGGUGACCUUCCUCAAAAGUGAGUCAGUGGCCCCGCUGGCCAGCAAAGUCAUGCUGAGGAAUAGCAAGGCCGAGGACAAGAAGAUUUUGAUGCAGGCCUACUGCAAUAUGGGCGGCCGCACCGGGGAUGCAUCUGUCCCUCGCCUGUGCACGGCCACGCUGGGGGAGGUGGUCACACUGGAGGAAGGAAAUCAACUCAGUGUCUGGAUAGAAAACCUCUCACUGGUGGACUAUGACGAAAAAGCCACAGCCUUUGGGAUGUACAAACUGUAGCACUUUUGCAUAAGCAUGUGCAUGGACCUGAGCUGAAUGGUGGGAGCUCAUUGAGUGGAUGGACUUGGAUAUAAAUCUACAGAGAACACUGUUAAAUACUGAAAGGACCACAUUUCUGAACUAUAAUUUAUGUACUUGUGUCAUUUUUGUGUUUCUAUGAUUGUGUUGUCAAUCGUUGUUCUGUAUUUAUUGGUGUAAUUUAGAGGUUGUGUGGCCAUGAAAGGAUUUUGUUUAAUAUUUAAUAUAAAAAAAAUGUUUUCUUCUCAUCAGUUUUUUUUUUUUUGUGUUUGUUUUGGCAUCUGCAUGUUUCAGGAAUUAAUUACACAUAAAGGAGAAACAGACAUUAGAAUAAAAAACCCACACUAAAGCACACAAUUUUCUUAUUCAAUGUGUGCAUGUCCAAAUACAGAGAAUGUUAAUUAUGUUAAAUUAUGUUUUUUAAAAGUAAAAAGUGGUGAGAAUUACCCAGGGGGUCAGAUUAACCCUGUCCUCCAUUGGCCACUCUGACAUCAAACUUUUAUCAUAUUUACUGGAGAGCACGUUGUGCAAUCUGGCUCAGUCUAUUCCACAAAAAAGAAACCACACAGCAAAGAUGCAGUUUCUCAUGAUGCUAAGCCACAAGAAACGGUAACACUGAAGAUGUAGGUUACAACUUGAGUGAGGGUAACUACCACGAUUAAUGUCAGCGCUUGUUAAAUUGUACGUAAGCAUCAGACUGCAUGUUGAUUUCAGUGCUACAACAACCAGGACCACAACGUUGUUUCUGCAAGUCAGACUUUCCUAAUUACAAAUCACAUGUGUAUUUAACUGGUGAUUAUUGUUUUAAAGCUGCCGACUUUCUUCUUUUGUGAUAUAUUUUUUCCAUUUUUAAAGGCAGCCAUUGGUGGACAUUCAUUCCGUGUGGUGUAUGAAUCAAUCUUAUUUAUCAACCUCAGGAAUGUUUGAGUUGUGUAUUCCAUCACAACGAACAAUAUUUUCUUGUUAUUGUCAUGUGCAGGCACAGUUUGAUUCCUCACAAUGAUUACAUAACUGACACAAAUGAUUAUAGACUUAAGAAUCACUGUGAUGUAUUACACAGUUGCCAUUUGCCAAUUGUUUUUUAAAACGGUAUAAAAUUGAAUUUAGACCAAUGGCUGCCUAAAAGACUGACACAAAUAAAUAAAUUCAAACAUCUGUAAAACUAAAGCAUCGUCUGAAAUAUAGUUCUCAGUAUUCUGGAUUCGUAAAGUAACUUAAUGGGGUAAAAAAUCACUUGUUUAAACAGACAUGAAAAGUUAAGAUUUUCACCUUUUUUUGUUUUGAACACCAACGCUAGCUACAUCGAAGCCCACAGGUAUGAGUUAGAAGUAACUUUUACCUGCUCGGUUGGUAGGUUUCGAAAGUAUUGGGUGAGUAAUAUAAAAGGUUUCAACACCCCCUACCCAUCCAAAGUAAAAUGCUGCGCGGUGCAAGUUAGACAUUAGGGGGAAAAAAACCUAGCAGAUGAGUACAACGGCACGGAAAAUGUGAAUCUAUCUAUGGAGGUGUCUGUAUAGUUGCAGAGGCGACGCACUCUCACAGGAUGUCAUCUAUUCUAGUCACUCCUUCCAUCCUGUACAGGGUUUUCCGCAACCGCAUCUGAUCGAGCUACAAAUUCCUGAAGCGCAAAUGAAUGCUGCAUGGAAAAGGCCAAACUUUGUGGGUUUUUCCAUAUUGAAUCAGGAAACACAGUUUAUGGUGUUUGUGUGUGUGUGUGUGUGUGUGUGUGUGUGUGUGUGCGUGUGGUUGAAGCGUUUCUUAUGUUUGGACUUUUCCCACUUAGUGAAAUAUAUUUCAAAGAUGUGUUACUCCAUGUGUUAUAUUAAACUUUUAAUAAAAGGAUGACCAUACCAAACAUAAAGUACAGAGUGUCUGGAAAAAAAAAAGCAUUACAAUACUUUGCAACAACAAUAAUUGCAUAGAACCUUUCAAACAAAAGAAUACACAGUGGUCUGGAGAUUUCAAAUGGACAAGGUGAAACUGGAGUUCAGCCCCUUUCCCACCAGUAAGUGCUCAAUGAGGCUUCUGGGAAUUAAUGAAAACAAUUCAAACUAGAGUCUGAGCAACAACGUUAAUCUCAACAGCAAAAAGAUAUGAUGAGACAGAGUCACUCAUCUGUUCAGGCAGCAGAUGUGUGUGUGUGUGUAGCGCUGGAGAGAAUCUGCCCUGCUUACUGUAUGUCUGAAAAGGAACCGCGGUUCAACAUCGAUCCCAGCGCACGUGAGAAUUGACCUUGCUUUGAACGCCCUUGAGCAAGUCGGCGACUCCGCCGGAGAUGUACCAGAGCUGCCUUGUACCCGACACAGUGCUCGGACCUCCCUGUAAAGAGGUGCAUGCAAAAGACAGCAAUUCCCAACAGGGAUUGUGCAACACGACAACAUUAUAGCAUUUUGUAUCAUUUUUAAUGAAAUUUAGGACCUGGUCAUUGAUCUUUAAACAACCAUCCAUACCAAGAGAUGUGAUUAAAUAAAGGCCAAUGACACAUAUAUAAACAACCUAACUGGCGUGGCCCUUUUUGGUUAAUAAAUUGGGUUAAUUCAUUCAGUAUCGCAAUUCCUCCAAACCUGGUCCACUGUGCCGGGACUAUCCCAGAGGUCAAUCAGUAAAGCAGUCACUUAUUGCAUUUCAAUUGCGUCCACUGCUGCUCUGCAGCGCCGCGAGAACAGAUAACAGGAAAUGUACCGUCGUGGGUCCUUGCAGAAGAGGCCGCAUCUUAAAUAGCACGCAGAGCCCGGUUGGUUUUCCCGACCCGAUUUACACCCAUUGAGAGCUCGAGCCAUUCUCAUUUAAAUAUUACAACAAUCCAUCUCUGACACUUUCAAAAUAAAUCACUCAUUUAGUCCCAGUCUGGUCUCAAACUCUAAAGUUUAUCGACCCCUUUGGGAGGCACUUAUUGAACGGUUCAGCUCUACUCUACACCAUCAAAUAAAUCUCUCUCUCUGUUUAUUUCCUCAGUCUGUCUCCAUUAGCUCUGCAGGAGGCUGCAAAAAAAACCUCUAAAUUGUCAGGUGAACCUAAUUUUUGAAAAACGCCUGUUUCCCCUUGGCCAAAACAAGGAUAUUUUUCUGCCUUUACACAUCAAUUCAUAAAAAAAGAUCCAAACAGAUGUCAAAUGCAGCAAAACUAAAUAUAUAAGGCAAACACCACAAUUAAAUGCCUGGGUGACCAAUAAAUUAAGAGUAUUAAAAAAAAAAUCCAAAAUAAAGCCAGGCUAUAUAAUUUAUGGAGUAAAAUGAUGAUUGAAUAUAUUUUAGUAAGAAGAAUACGGGCGAUCGUCAUUAUUUCUUGUAUAAUAAAUGAUACAUAGUUAAGUCUUUUCUAUUUUAUUAUGCAGCGGCAUCCCUGAUAGCUUUGAACUAUAUAUCUGAAUAUCUCGGUAACCAAGUUUCUGAUGCAGAAUCCGUACUGUAGAAACACUGUACAUUCAUGCAGUUUUUAAAUAAACAGUCAAGGGCUGCAACUGAAUUUAAGACAAUGGGAUAAACCUGGUGGAUUUGCUUUAACACCCACAUAAAUUGGAAACUUGUAAUGUG